AUGUAGGUCAUACCAGCCAGGAGCAAGUCCGAUCCCCUGUGAAACCAACUCGAAACGCCACAAACAUGCUUUCCGGCACCCGCUUCUUGCGCUUAUGGCAUAUCUCACUUUCCGACAUUACCUACAUGGGGGAUGCGGCACCCGGCGCUGCGGCGCCGCGGCGCUGCGGUCGUGGCGAUUAGGGUUCGGGGGGAGAUCGGCCGGCUGCCGGGCGGAAGCUUGUGGCGUUGCCUCGCAGCGUCCGGGAGCUCCAAGCGCGCUGGUCUCUCCGCCUCCCCCGCCGCCCGAGGACGUUGUCCAGCCCCCGGACCGUCCAGCUAUGCUGUGCAGGCCAAGCUGACCCUGGUGCGGCAGCUUUGUGAGCGCUGCGGGGGCUGGCUGGUGCUAGUGGAGCCGGGCAAACCCAAGGGCUUUGGAGACCUGGCGGUGGCGAGGGAGCUGCUGCUAGCGCUGGAGGAGGCGGGAAUGGACUGGGCGGCGGCCUCGCAAGCUGCAAGCAGCGCCGCGCCUCGGAACCCCAGAGGAGGGAUGGCCAUGUCGCUGGUGCCCUUGGGCUCAGCCGCGCUGUUGGCGCCGGCCGCUGAGGCCCUGCGUGCGGUGCUGCUGCAGGCAAGUCGGCCGGGCACACAUGCAGUGGACGGAUCGGCCCCAGACAAGGGGAGCUUGAGUGCCCGAGGUCCGAGGGAAUGGCGGCAGCUGUGCGAGCGGCCCUGCCUGCUGGCGAGCGGGGCGACCGACUGCGCGGCGCGGCACGAGGCGUGAGGGCGGCGGGGUCCCGACCGACUCCCCACAGCCGCGCGCGCUGGCAGGCAAGGUAGGUGUCAACGGCUUUCUCCUUGUGAGUGGCAGGCGGAUGCGCCUAGAGCGUUUGGGUGCUCAGGCAUAGGUCACUGCCGCACGCCGAAGGUACCAGAUCGGGGCUGUUGGGGAAUGUGCGCGGCGUGCGGGGCGAGUCCACAGCCAGAUGGACUGAUCACAUUGCCACCCUGUUCCCACUGCUUUGCAGGAGGUUGCUGGGCGAGCAAGCUAGCUGUGCAGGAGUGCGCAUGCGGUAUUGGAGUCUGAGGCGCGCUGGGGCGGCGCGGCGCCUGCGCCUGCGCUCGAGCUGGAGCAGGAGGUGGGUGCAUGCGGCGGUGCAGGUGGCGCGAGGGCGGGGUGGGGGCCCCAUGUGUGGCGGAGACUUCGCGAGGUGGGCGACCAGGCUGUGAGAGCUAGCGCGAUGUGGGUUUCAGGCGCGCGUUGGGUACAGAGCACUAUAAACAAUUA